GGAAAAGUUUCACCUCCCAGAAAGGUUGGCUGUAAUGGGAUGAUGAGAAUGAGGUACAUGUUUGCAUGGGCUAAGAAAUGUAUUGGUCAGUGUUGCACUGCCAGAUGAGCCCAUUACUCGACCAUUACUCGAUUAUAUCCACCUUGUGCUCGCAAAUUUUUUUUCCCAUGUACAAAUACGAACUUGUCCAACACCUCGACAGCUCUAGUCCCCCUACAAGUGGAAGAUGAGGCCCGGGGAUUCGCAAUUGAACACCCACAAGACCAACUCGUGAAAGGACCGGAAAGGAAAGAAAAGAAAGGGAAAAAGAUCGUCGACGGCCUUUCUUUUUUUUUUCGUUCUUUGUUUGUCGCCACUGAAUCUCCACUCCCAUCACUGCGGGUCUACAUUCCUCGACCUUGGCGGACCGCUUGCCUGCCUGUUGUUGCUAGGAGGUACUGCUGCUCGUGUUCCUGCACCCCAGCUUCGGUUUCUGCUUGCCGCCAGCUCCAAAAAAAAACGGAAAGAAAAAAAAAGAAAACUGACUCACCCACGGGAAAGAAAGUUCCGCGCAGAUGCCUUCCAAGAUCUUUGGCAUUUGGUCAUCGCCUCACCAACUGGACGACAACAGCAACACAGCUGGAGGCAGUAGUAGUGCUCCCAAAUAUCCUCAUCCUCAUUCUACCAAGACGGCCAUCAGCAGCGCGUUGGAAGUCCGUCGGCCGAGCAUGGAUCAUCUUAAACGCCCCACGCUGUUCGCCAAAAAGCACCACUCCAGCGAAAAGGCCAAGUCCAAGGAGCGAGCGCUGUCCAAAGACAAACAUGCACGCGAUGGCGCCCACACACCUGCAUCGUCUCCCAAGCCGAUCAAGCUGGGGCUGGACAUGGAAUCUCCACCCAUCCUCAUGCAUGAUGCGCCCAACGUCUCCUCCGGCUCCCUGAUCUCCGGACAGGUGCAGAUCACCUCCAUAGUGCCUGAGGCCACUCUGUCCAGCAUCAUCAUGUAUCUCGAAAGCACUACCACCACCAAGCGGCCGGUGCAGGACCGGUGUCGCGAGUGUAUGACCCAAGUCACCGACCUGUUUGAAUGGCACUUUCUCCGACAGCCCAAGACGUUCAAGGCCCAGAAUGGCAUGUACGAAAUGCCCUUUUCCCAAGUCAUUCCCGGACACAUCCCCGCCACCACACAUGGUGCCAUCACUAGCAUCGACUACCAGCUUCACGUGCGAGCGCGCUCUAUUGAUGGCCAAGAAAUCGAGUUUCGACGCGAGCUGAUCAUCAGGCGUGCGCUCCGACCGGGAAACGACAAGAACAGCGUUCGUGUCUUCCCGCCUACCAACCUGACCCUGCACGUCACGCUACCCAACGUGAUUCACCCAACCGGGGACUUCAACGUGCAGUGCCGCAUGACCGGGAUCACGACCAAGCGAGAGGAAACCCAGACACGAUGGCGACUCCGGAAACUGACCUGGCGUAUCGAAGAACACGAAACGGCAGUCUCACCCGCGUGUCCCGCCCACUCGGCCAAAAUAGGAGGCGAGGGCAAAGGAAUUGCGCACACCCACACUCGCGAAAUCGGCAACGAUGAACUCAAACAAGGCUGGAAAACCGACUACUCAGACGGCACCAUUGAAGGCGAAUUCUCCACAUCCAUCAACCCGGCGAGCAAGUCCAAUUGCGGAAUGGAAGCCCCGAAUGGAUCCAAGAUUACUCACAACAUGACCAUGGAACUGGUAAUCGUCGAGGAAUGGGCUCCCAACAAGAAACCCACGCAAGCUACGCCAACCGGUGCGGCCCGAGUGUUGCGUACGCAAUUCGUCCUGAAUGUGACUGAGAGGAGUGGCAUGGGAAUUGCUUGGGAUGAUGAACAACCCCCCAUGUACGAAGAUGUUCCGGACAGUCCGCCACACUACCCUUCCAGUCUGCCGAGAUAUCAUUCUAGUAACCGAUUGAUGGCCUUGGGCAUGGGAGAGAGUUCGAGAUCGGCUGCGCAGCACCUGAGUCCGCAGAAUUCACCACAUAACACCGAGAUUGUGGACUAUGAAGGAGAUUUGGACCUGGAUGUCGAGGGAUUGUCACUUAAUGCGUGAUUGCUGCAGGAACAACGAAAAAAAAAAGAUUGAGUACGAGUAUAUGCGUUAUGGAGACGAUGAAUAGAUGGACGAUUGGACGCAUCCUGAAGAUACCCGGGCAUGAGGAGUCAAGACUGUUUUUUUGAAGAUUACCAUGCAUGUCGGCAUUUCUGUUUUCUUGCCUUAGUUCUACAGCGAGGCGCUUGGGAGGAGUAUUAUGGAAGUCUUUCUUUUUUCUUGGCAAAAGCAUAUGUUUUUGUCUCUUUGCAGCAAUUCAGCGAAUAGCAUAGGUAGAAAGAAGAGUAAGAAGAAGAAGAAC